AUGGCAUCUGACAUGGAACAUCAGUCCCAGCCACAGCCUCGUUGCUGCUCAACACUCUACACCAUAAUUGACGUUCGUCAAAGGCAUUUCUGCGCGGGUGGAGUGAUCCUCUGCCUCGCCAUUGGAAUCAUAAUUGCGGAAUCUCAACAGCCAAGUCACUUCUAUGCCGGCUACUGGAUGGGCAGCAUGGACAUCUUUGCUGCCCUGGUAGCCUUCGUGUGUGCUGCUAAACCACAUCGAAUCACCUUUGCUACCGCAGCGUUCUUCAAUGCAAUUUGCGCAGUCCUCAAUGGGGCGGGUAGCAUCCAUCUAUUGGCCGGGAAUUUAAAUUAUCUCUACACCGCCGGCUGGCUAGGGAUUGUACAGAUGGUCUUCCUUAUUUACCACUGCCUCUCCUGUAUUUACGAUGCAAAUGUCUGCUGCAGGUGGAAGGCAUUGGAUGAGAUCGAAUCCGCUUCCACUUCCGCAGCCACCGCCACCACCACGGAGGCCGAUGGCAGCGGCCAAAUUGCGGGUACCGCCGCUACCACCAACCGCGAUGGAGGGCAGAGACAGGACAGACGCAGGCGACGGACGCAGUCUCCGCCCAUCGACUUCCGACUGCCCGAUGAGGUGCCCAAACUGCCACGCUACGAUGAACUCAGUAAGUCGGAGGGCCUGCCGCCCGGUUAUGACAGCUUCAGGAUCAAUUCGUCCGCAUUUAGCUCCUCGAGAUCAGUUCAGUGA